AUGGAGUUCAUAGACGAAGAGACGAGGCCCAGAUUCCUUCUCCAAACCCGCAUCUCUUCGACUCCAAUCCCCAAACCAGACGAAAUCCAGAAAACCAGCAAAACCCUAACCCUAAUCUGCAUCUCCGUCUCCUCUCUCCUCAUCUUCCUCGCUUUCUUCUCCUCAUUCUCUCAAUCCCAAACCCUCCAAUUCCUCCUCAUCUGGUUUUCGAUCUCUCUCGCACUCGGGCCCUUCGCCCCAACCUCAUUCACGGGCGGCGACAUCCGCGUCGGCAUCGGUGAGCCUCUCCAGCCGUCAGAUCCCGAUCCGACGCCCCUCGAAGAAUCCAGGAAGAAAAUCCCCAAUCGCAGGCCGAAAACCCAACGAUCCGACAAUCCCUAUCUAAAUUCUCCAUCUCAGGUACCCACGGAAAGGCCGGAGGAGCCGAAGAUCGAGAAUCCGGCCCGCAACGGCGAGACAGGGCCGAGGAUCGAAGAGGAGAGGGAAUGGGACGAUGAGGAUUUCGAUCUCCUGAAGAAGCAGAUCGCGAAGCAUCCGGUCGGGGCGCCGCGGCGGUGGGAAUCGAUCGCGGAGGCAUUCCAUGGGCGGCACGGGCUGGAGAGCGUGAUCAAGACGGCGAAAUCGAUGGCGGAGAAGAGAUCGGGUGGCGGUGAUCCGUUCGCGCAGUUUUUGAAGCAGAGGAAGCCGUUGAGCAAGCAGUUGGAGAGCGUUAAUGGAGAUCCGUCGCCAUCCGUCGAAAUGGACGAAGGAGAUUCGAAGAAAGAGAGUUCAGAUUGGAGCUCUGGAGAAGACAUUGCAUUGCUGAAUGCAUUGAAAGCAUUUCCGAAGGAUGCGAGUAUGAGGUGGGAGAAGAUUGCAGCUGCAGUUCCUGGAAAAUCCAAGGCCUGCUGUGUGAAGAGGGUUGCUGAGCUGAAAAGGGAUUUUCGCAGCUCCAAAACGUAG